AUGGCAGUCAUAGUCGCUCUCCACCUCCUCCUGUUCUGGUGCGGGUGCCCCCGGGCUGCUGCAGACAGCAUCCAGAUCAUCUAUGCAAUCUCAGGGGAGUCAGCCGAGCUGCCGUGUCCUUCACCACCCUCGCUACUUGGGGGCCAGCUCCUAUCCUGGUUCCGCAGCCCGGCAGGAGGCUCCUCCACCAUCUUGGUGGCCCAGAUCCAAGUAGACAGGCCAGUCUCAGAUCUGGGGAAACCUGAGAAUGAUUCCAGGUUCAAAGUCCUCGGGAACUAUUCCUUAUUGCUGGAGGGGCCCAGGGAUGAAGAUGCCGGGCGGUACUGGUGCACUGUGAUGGAUCAGAACCGUAAAUACCAGAACUGGAGGGUGUAUGAUGUCUCGGUGCUCAAAGGAUCUCAAUUCUCUGUGAAGUCUCCAGAUGGCCCCUCGUGCUCUGCCCUCCUGUGCUCUGUGGUCCCUGCCAGGCGUCUGGACUCUGUGACCUGGCUAGAGGGGAGGAACCCUGUGCGAGGACAUGCUCAGUACUUCUGGGGAGAGGGCGCUGCCCUGCUAUUGGUGUGCCCUGCAGAGGGGCUUCCCGAGACCAGGGGCCGUAGACCAAGGAACAUCCGCUGUCUUAUGCCUCAGAACAAAAGAUUCAGCUUUAGCCUGGCAGCAGCUCCCACAGAACCAUCUCCCACCACCUGUGCCCCUGUCCAGAGCUGGGAUGUGCCCCGGGUACUGAUUCUGUUGUUCACAGCGGGCCAAGGGGUCACCAUCAUCGUCCUCAGCAUUGUGCUCUGCAGGCGGAGGGCCCAGGCGUCUCGGGACAGAGAGCCCUCAAUUCCUCACUUCAAACCUGAAGUCCAGGUCUAUGAGAACAUCCACUUGGCCCGCCUUGGGUAA